UCAUCCAGCUCUACACCUUGUUUUCUGUCAUUGCCAUGGCAGCCCAGCCUGAUGGCCAGGAAUGGGGCGGGCUUCAGGCUUACGUCACUUCCCGGAAGUGGGCUGCCGUUGCCAUGUGGUGACGGCGCUGCAGCGGAGACUGAGAGAAUGAAGUCCCCCAAAGUGAAGAAGGAGAAGGCCGACAGGCCUCAGUACGAGGAGACGGAGAAAACCUACGAGGAGCUGGUGGCGAAUGUGAACGACAUCGCGCAGCCGCUGGCCUCCAGGAAACUGAGCAAGAAGCUGUACAAAUGCGUGAAGAAAGCUGCAAAAGUGAAACAGAUUCGCCGAGGAGUAAAGGAAGUUCAGAAAUUCAUCAACAAGGGGGAGAAAGGGAUUGUUGUAUUGGCUGGUGAUACUCUGCCAAUUGAUGUUUACAGCCACUUGCCAGUCUUGUGUGAAGAUAACAACCUUCCUUAUGCUUAUAUACCAUCCAAAAUGGAUCUGGGAGCUGCUGCAGGAUCCAAACGGCCAACAUGUGUGAUAAUGAUUAAACCUCAUGAAGACUAUCAGGAAGCAUACACUGACUGCUUAGACGAGGUGCAGUCACUAAACCUUCCCGUAUGAAGGAACAAAACUGAGUGAUCUGCAAUGAAUAUUGAAUGUGUCCUCACAAUAUGGUGCACUGAAUCAGUGAUUUCCGAUUCAGUUCUGUCUGUGCCAGUUGCUGAAUGUUAUUUUCAAUGCUUUAGAUUUUUUAUCUUUGAAAUAUGUACAGAUAUUAAAGUUUGUCGUGUUUUUGGAAUUCUAACAACAAGCUGUAAACUUCAGAAGCGAAAGUUGCCUUUUUUUAUUUCCUGAGGUUUAUUCACUGCGCUUCAGAAACUAAACAUUUAGGGCUAAUCUUUUGAAUUGGAUAAAAAUUGGACUUGGGGAGGAUGAUGGCAUCAACAACGACCGCAAACCAGUUCAGUCAUUAGGUCUUAGUGAGUAGUUUCGGCGAGUUGCUAAUGCUCAACAAGUUUGACAUGCAGCUCAGCAUUGUCGGGGUGAAGGAACUUGGAGUUACAUUCGAUGUGUUCCCUUAGGGAGUUACAAUCUGGAGUGGAAACCUCUAAGCAAUCAGCAGCCAAUGGAAGAUUCGUGUUACUUCUGCCCUGCCCAUCUUAGAGUGGAGGGGUUUUUUUUGCUGUUUUUGGAACUGCCCUUAAGGUGAAAUCAGGCUUCUUAAUGUUUGGUGUCAUUGGAGUUCAUCAAGUGAUUAAGUUGGAUGCUGCUGACUAGAAAUAUGAAACUUUUUCAUAUCAAGGCAAAUGCAAGAAUGUCAAGUGCUUGCUAUCUCCAUGGCAACUCAAUGAAUCAGCAUCAAUUUGCUAACCAAUCUCCAGUAGUAUAAAUUGUUGUAAUUGUUUGAAAUUUGGCAUUCUUGUGUUGGUUGUGAGGAGUGUAAGAGGAGAGACCUCAGCAAUAUGCCUGUCCUUUCAACAAUAUUCAAGUUGUAUAAUACUAAGUGACUCUUCUAAGUGUUGUUUUGGUGAGAUGACAAACCAUUAGGAUCAUUGUGAUUGCUGUAAAACUAGUGCUAGUGUUAGAAAAUGUUGUAAUCUUGUGCAUGGAGAAAAUCAUAAAUAUUUCAAAUUCAUCCAUUCCUCUUGUCAGGUUUUAUAAAAUCAAUUUGGACAUUUCCCUUUUACAUGUUGUUCGAGUCUGAGUUACUUCCCAUAUCUCUUGUAACAUUGCACAUUAUUAACUUUUGUACAAAUGUUUGCUAAUAAAAUAAUGAAAUGCUUUAACAUUUA